AUGGAAAUAAAUAAUUUAAAAGGAGAAAAAUUAAGUAAUGUCUAUUUAUAUAAAAAUGGAGAAAUAAAAUUAAUAAAAGAAUUGGAAAAUGUUUUUAUUAAAAAUAUAUGUACAUGUAGUAAUAGCAUAAAUAUAUUAUUAAAAGAUGAAGACAAUAUAAAUAAAUAUAAUAAUACAUUGAUUCAAAUAAAUAAUGAAUGUACUAAUUUGAAAAAUGGAAAAAGUUAUAUAAAUAUUUCGUAUACCAACACUCAUACCAACACUCAUAGUAAUGAUUAUAGUAAUGACUAUAGCACCGCUUUUAUUAAUAAUUAUGUCGAUUCUGAUCUAAUUUUAUAUUCAAUUCAUGAGCCAAAUCAAAAAAAAAUAAAAGUAAAGACAAAAACAAAUACACAAAUAAGCAUAAACGAUUUAAAAAAAAAACUUAUAAAAACGGAAAAAAAUAAUGUUUGGGUAUAUUGCCUAAAAAAAAAUCAACUUGAUACUAAACAAGACAAGGGAGAAAAUGAAGAGAGUGAAAAUGGAGAAAAAAAUGGAGAAAAAAAUGAAGAGAGUGACGUAUGCACAAAGUAUAUUCCUACAAAUUGUAGGGAAGUUUAUUUUUGUUGUUCUAAAUUUUAUGCAAUUAAUGAUAAAAAUAAUAUUUGCCAAUGGGAUAUAGAUAUAUCUAAUAAUACAAAUAUGAUAAGAUAUAAUUAUUUAUCAAAAUUUAUAAGUUAUAUAAAAUUUACCGAAAAAAUUAUAGACAUAUCCUGUGGUUAUAAUCAUGCACUUUUUUUGUCCCAAAAUAAAAAUUGUUAUGCAAUUGGUAAUAAUAAUAUUUAUCAAGUUUCGAAUCAAAAAACUAAAUAUUUUGAUACACCCCAAUUAAUAAAAAUUAAUAAAAUAAAAUAUAUAGCUGCUGGACAUUCACAUAAUUUAAUUUGUACUUACAAAAAUGAAAUAUAUGGUUGGGGAAAUAAUAUGCAUAAACAAAUUUAUCUUGAUCAAAAUUUUGUAAAAUCUCCAAAACUUAUUUUGAAUCAAGCAAUAUGGAAUAGUAUUAGCAGCCGAACAAAAAAGGAGAAGACAAAAUUGAGAGAAAUAAAAAAGGUGGAAAAUUGUGAAAAUUGCCAAAGUGGCGAAAGUGAUAAAAAUUGCCAAAGUGGCGAAAGUGAUAAAAAUUGCCAAAGUGGCGAAAGUGGUCAAAAUGAACCAGUGAAAGAAGUAAAAAAGGGAGACAAGUUUGAGGUAAAAAAAUUAUGUUGUGGAUUUUCCUUUUCUUGUAUUCUUAUGAAAAAUAAAAAUUGCUAUGUUAUGGGUGUCACUGAUUUUAUGAACAAUCAAAAUGGAAAAGAAACAAAAAUAGAGACAUUUAAAAAAAUUAAUAAAAAAAAAAAAGUUGAUAAUAUUUUUUGCAAUUUUUUUGAUAUAAUACUUGUAGAACAUCUUAAAAUUACAAAAGUAUUCCCACCUAUAAUUAACCCAAAAUUAGACACCAAAAUUCAUCUUUUUUUUAAUUUCAAAAUAAAAUCGAGACAUAAUUUGAGACUACAAUUAGCGAACCAAUCCUUAUAUAAUUGUAAAAAUGGAAAAAAAAAUCAUAAAAAAAGUAGUAACGAACAGAGUGACGAACAGAGUGAUGAAAAAAUAAAUAUCGAUUUUCAUUUUAACUAUGAAACAGACCAAAAUAAUGAUUGGGAAAAAAUAAAGCCAUCGCCAAAAUCGCCAAAAUCGCAAAAAUCGCAAAAAUCGCAAAAAUAUGAUUGCAAUCGAAAUAGCCAAGAUUACUCUUCGGUAAAAAUUGAUAAAAAAGAUAGAAAUAAAAAAUUAUUAAUUUAUUUAAUUUGGUCAAAUAUAAUCCUUAAUUAUAAUAAAACAAUAUAUGUAUCAGAAUAUGAAGGAAAAAUAAAAAAUAUAUUUCCAAACAAUUUUGCCUUAAUGAAAAAUCUUAAAAUAAAAAUAAAAAUAAAUAAAGUUCCUAUACAUAUAAAUUCAGAUUGUAUAUAUGUUUUAUAUGAAUAUGUAGAUGAAAAUAAUAAAAAUAAAAUUUACAAAAUAAUUAAAGGAGUUAUGAAUAAAAAAAGAACAGAAAUAUAUUCAAAAUUACCAAUAUUGUUACAAAAUGAUAUUAAUUUUAAACAAAACAAUAUAUAUUUACCAACUAACCAAAAUAAUGACACAUCUGAAAAAAAUGAUACCUUUUUAAAAAUGUGUAGUUAUGAAAAAGACAACCAUAAUUAUAUACAUACAUUCACAAAAUGUAAUGUAUAUUAUUCAUUUGGUUUUAAUUUUUAUAAAAAUUCAUUUUCUAUGUUAUUUAUAAAACCAGAAAUAUUAAAUAUAUCACCAAAUACUGUUAAUUUACAUGAAAAUAAUAUUAUACAUAUUAAUAUGGCAUAUCUUUCAAAAUCUUUUAAAUUUAUAUAUGUAAUUUUAUAUAACACUAAUCUUAAUUUUAUAAUCACAAAAGCUUACUAUCAUCCAUAUACAAAUAAUUAUCGUUUCACAAUACCACUAAUUUCGACUACAUCAUUUAAGCAGCUUCAGCAAGAUUCUAUAGAUUUCCAUGUCUUUGCUUCCUAUAACAAUGUCGAAUACAGUGAAAAUGAAAUUAAGUUGACUGUUGUAAAUGUAUAA